ACUACUCAAGAAGUCAAAGCAUCAAAACAAAGCCUGCAAAAUGUUUAAACUGAUUGCCCUCAUCUCUGCCCUGUGCGCCGUCGCCAAUGCUGGAGUGAUCGCGCCCUACAGCCAUGGUUAUGGACUGGGAUACGGUGCUGCCCUGGCCCCCGCCUACGCUGCUCCGGCCGUGAUCUCGCACGCCCCCAUCAUCAAGAGCUACGCCGCUCCCAUUGUGGCCCACCCGGUGGCCACUUCUUAUGCCAACACCUACAAGGUGGCCACUAAGGCCAUCCCCGUCGUGCACGCUGCUCCACUGGUCCAUGCCGCCCCUCUGGUCCAUGCCGCUCCUGCCCUGCACACCACCUCUACCUACCACGGCGGCUAUGGCAACUACGGAUACGGUGGUCUGGGAUACGCCGGCUACGGUGGUCUGGGAUACGCUGGCUAUGGUGGACACGGAUACCUGCACUAAGGAUCUGAUGCUGAGGAAACUAGGCCCCCGUUGACGACCCCUUGAAGUGGAGAAUUCGCAUUUUGCUGCCGUCAAAGUGUUGAAUUUGCAUGUGCAUUUCGUAGUCAGAGGCAGAAAAACAAAAAAAAACCUUGAAUUGUGUACAAAUUUCAAAAUCCUCAAAAUCCCAAAAAAAAAAAUCCAAGAACUCAACUAGAGACAGAGACACCUAGAGAACUAAGGACAUAUACGCGGGAGGCGGCGAGAGCGAGAGAUUGAAGGAAGGAUCAAGUUUCGUUGAUUUUGCUAUAAAGGUGCAAUUCCCUGCCCUUGUGGCUUUGACACUUUCUGUAAAUAAACGAUAAAUGACUCUAAACACUAAA